AUGGAUGGGAAUGGAAACAUGAAUUCGAGAAAUUGGGGUUUUCUUGAUACCCCAACCUCCACUCUCAAGAAUGAAAAUCACCUGGGCCUUCAGCUAAUGUCCUCCAUUUCUGAAAAGUCCCUUUUCGACACUGCUGGGGCCCACGGCCACGAAGACUCGAAUCCGGCCUCCACCAAUGUCGGUCCCUUCCACCCUCACCGAGUGGGCGGCAUUACCGAGUCCCACUUCCCCAUGGACUACUAUUGGAUGAACCAAAACCACGAGAAGUACCUGAACAUAAUCUCCGGUAACCACCACCAAACUUAUUACCUGCCGAGCUGCGGAAUCUCUCCCGAGACCCCUAAGCCCAUCAUAAAUCUGCCCAAAGACGAUAAAAUUGCCUCGGAGACUGACCCCACAACUGAGAAGAGAGAAAAAAGCCGUGGGUCUGCAGCAAAGAAGAGAGGCGGUGGCCGGACCUCAAACCAGGCCCUGGCCCAGAAGGAGAAGAAGCCAAGGACCAAAUCCCCUCGGGCCCCACGUGAUGGUCCGGGCCCCCCCUCAUCGAACAAUCGUGCCAGGGCCCCCAAGAAACAGGCUGAGAUCGAAAUCAAUGGGAUGCAUAUGAAUGUUUCUGAUAUUCCCACACCAGUCUGCUCUUGCACAGGCACCCCAGAAAAGUGUUACAGGUGGGGGUCGGGCGGGUGGCAGUCCGCAUGCUGUACCACCAAGCUCUCUGUAUACCCCCUUCCCAUGAGCACCAAGAGACGUGGAGCCAGAAUUGCAGGCCGGAAGAUGAGCAUAGGUGCUUUCAAGAAGGUACUGGAAAAACUCACAGGCGAGGGCUAUAAUUUCUCGAGCCCGAUUGAUCUUAGGAGCUAUUGGGCCAAACACGGUACAAAUAAGUUUGUCACGAUCCGGUGA